GAAAAUCCCCUUUGCCCUUCCCCACCCAGCGUCAAGAGAUAUCGUCACACCAUCAGCAACAACCUCAGACACCGGAAAUCAGCGCCUAUAGCGCCGCCGACCACCCGCAUCAUCCUCACCCCCGCCGAAAAACCCCCCGGCCAGAUUCCCCAGUAAAUGCUGCAACGCAUCGCCCCCCUCCAUCUUCCGAUUGCCAUGCUCAUCAAAGCGAUCGGGAAGCUCAAUCGUCCCAUCCGACUCCUCGCUAUCGUCUUCCUCCCGUCCGCGACCACCAUGACUAUGUCGUCUCCGAUGCGAGCCCGAAGAAGGCGGCCGGUCGUAGGGGUCGUGCAUCAGACCGCCGCUGCGGCUGGAGGAGUAGUUGUCGUCGUCAUCGUGGCGCUGGCGUCUUCGGCGGCUUCUUCGCUUGCGGUCGCCGCUUGUUUCCGAGUCGCUGUAGCGUUCUUCUUUUUUGCGUUGCUUUUCGGGCGAGUGCGCUUCGUUUGCGUCGAGGUUGAAGCGCACGCGGCUGGUGGAGCGGGCGCGUUGGGCGUUGUCUAGCGCAUCUGUGUCGAACACACCUUGGUUAGCGAAAACGUUCAUGCCCGGAUUGCAAGGGCUCAUCAGAAGGUGCUGGCGGCGGCGGCGGCAGAAGUGCCGGGAACAGUAUUAAAGGCACUCACAUCAUGGGUGUCUGCUCCUCCUCGGCCUCGUCUCCCUCCAUCAUCGCCUGGGGGCGGUGGCUGUUGAUCCCCUGGCA